AUGGGAAACAAUAAAAUAGUUUUUAAUAAAUCACAAGAGGUUACGAAAAUAUCUCGUGAUUCAAAUGCCUACAUUAAUUAUGCUGACCUUGACGAAGUUCUUCGAGUCGUUAUUGGAAAUAAUGGCGACGCUAUUUAUAAAGAAUCAAAUGAAUGCCCAGGCGGUCUUAAAUGGACUAAAACAGGUACGACAAUUAUUGGCAGUGGUUCGGGUACAGGCCCAGAUCAAUUAAAUCUUCCAGACGGUAUAUUUAUAGAACCAAAAACACAAAUUUUGUACGUUACGGAUGCGUCCAAUAGUCGCAUUCAAAAACGUUACCCUAAUGGCAAUAUAGAAACAGCUGCGGGCCAGUCAGAUGGCACCAGUGGAAAAGCAGCAAAUAUGCUAUCAGGUCCGUCAGAUGUUUUUGCAGAUGAAAAUGAAAAUGUAUUCAUUGCUGAUUGGGGUAAUCAACGAAUUCAAUUUUGGGAGAAGGAUGCCAAAAGUGGGAAAACAGUCGCAGGGAAUGGUAGUAGAGGUUCAGCAUUAAAUCAAUUUAGUUAUCCAAGUACAGUUUUCUUUGAUUCCAAGAAAAAUAUAAUAGUGAGCGAUUAUGAAAAUCAACGUGUAACCCAAUGGCCAUUCUCUUUUGAUCCAAAAACAUCGAUUGGCUCAAUCAUAGCUGGUGGUAAUGGUGCUGGUCUCAAUCCAUAUCAAUUGAAUAGUCCAACUGGUUUAUAUUACGAUGAACAAAAUCAAAUUUUAUACAUAUCGAAUGAAGCAUCGCAUUCAAUUACACAAUGGGUUCUUGGAAGCUACGAACCUCGUAAUAUUUAUGCUGGUAUACCCGGAAGACCUGGAAACAGUGCAGCACAAUUGUUCUAUCCGGAAGGUAUUACUAUUGAUAAAUAUGGUAAUUUAUAUGUUGCUGAUACUUCUAAUCAUCGAAUACAGAUGUUUUGUCCAAAUGCUAUACAAGGCAUAACAAUUGCAGGUACUGGCCAACUUGGCAAUAGUAGUAGUGAAUUGAGUUAUCCGGGUGAUAUUGCAUUUGAUUCAGAACUUAAUUUGUAUGUUUCGGAUCGAUAUAAUAAUCGUAUACAAAAGUUUGGAAGAAUUCAUUGA